ACUAGUGCAGAGAACAAGCUGCACUGCAUUUGGUGAGUAACUUGGUGCUGGCCAUCAGGAAAGAUCAGCCUCAGUUAGAGCCAUGAGGAAAACUGCAGAAUCCAAUGGGGCUGUGGCAGGGGCUGAGGAGCUAAAAGAGGAGGAAAUGGAAGAAAGAGGCCAAUGGAGUAACAAAGUGGAGUUUGUCCUGUCCUUGGCUGGGGAGAUCAUCGGUCUGGGAAAUGUGUGGCGGUUCCCGUACCUCUGCUACAAGAACGGAGGUGGAGCCUUCCUCAUCCCCUACCUCAUUUUCCUCUUUGCCUGUGGGAUCCCACUGUUCUUCCUGGAGAUUGCGCUGGGGCAGUACACAAACCAGGGAGGGCUGACAUCCUGGAAGAAGAUCUGCCCCAUCUUUGAAGGAAUUGGUUAUGCCUCACAAGUCAUCGAGUGCUAUCUGAAUAUCUACUACAUCAUCAUCCUGUGCUGGGCACUCUUCUACCUGUUCAGCUCCUUCACUGCGGUGCUGCCAUGGGCCAGUUGCAGUAACCCCUGGAACUCAGAUCUCUGUGUGGACUUCUUGAAUAGCUCCAGCUUGGACAACAGGACCAUACCUGCAAAUGCCACCUCCCCUGUGGUUGAGUUUUGGGAGAAGCGAGUGCUGAGGCUCACGGAUGGUAUUCACAAACUGGGCACUGUGCGCUGGGAACUGGCUCUGUGUCUCCUGCUCGCAUGGAUCAUCUGCUACUUCUGCAUCUGGAAAGGGGUCAAGUCCACAGGCAAAGUUGUUUACUUCACUGCCACCUUCCCUUACGUGACGCUGGUGAUCCUGCUAGUGCGGGGAGUGACACUGCCAGGUGCUGCUGAGGGCAUCCUCUUCUACCUGAAGCCAGACAUUACCAGGCUCACGGACCCACAGGUCUGGAUGGAUGCAGGCACUCAGAUCUUCUUCUCUUAUGCCAUUUGCCAGGGAUGCCUGACAGCUCUGGGCAGCUACAACAAAUACACCAACAACUGCUACAGGGACUGCAUGAUGCUGUGUAUCCUGAACAGUACCACUAGCUUUGUUGCUGGUUUUGCCAUUUUCUCUGUGCUGGGCUUCAUGGCUCAAAAGCAGGGUGUACCCAUUGCAGAAGUGGCUGAAUCAGGUCCUGGCCUGGCUUUCAUAGCAUAUCCAACAGCAGUAACAAUGAUGCCUGUGUCUCAGCUCUGGUCCUGCCUCUUCUUUCUCAUGUUGAUCUUCUUGGGACUGGACAGCCAGUUUGUCUGUGUGGAAAGCAUGGUGACAGCUAUUAUUGACAAGUUUCCGGAAAUAUUUCGGAAGAAGGGGCGUCGAGAGCUGCUGAUCCUGGCUGUUGCAGUUAUAUGCUACUUUCUGGGUUUGUUACUGGUCACUGAGGGGGGAAUGUACAUCUUCCAGCUCUUUGAUUAUUAUGCUGCUAGUGGUACCUGCCUGCUCUUUCUGGCCAUUUUUGAAGCCAUCUGUGUUGGAUGGGUGUAUGGUGCGGACCGCUUCUAUGACAACAUUGAGGACAUGAUUGGUUACCGGCCAUGGCCCCUGAUUAAGAUAAGCUGGACAGUGUUGACCCCAGGCAUGUGCCUGGCGAUCUUCCUGUUUUCUCUGAUCAAGUACACACCCUUGAAAUACAACAAUGUCUACGUGUACCCACCCUGGGGCUAUGUGUUGGGCUGGAUGAUGGCACUGUCCUCUAUGCUCUGCGUUCCUCUCUACGCCAUCUUCAUUCUCCUGAAAACCAAGGGACCCCUGAAGCAGCGGCUAAAGCAGCUCGUUUGCCCGGCGGAGGAUCUGCCCCAACCAAGGAAGCAUGUGGCUGGAGUGCUGGAGCUCUGGGACGGCUCUCAACCAGAGCACAAAAGACUGUCCCCUCCCGCCAAGGAGGUGCUCGGCUUCGUAGAGAGAGAAACCCACUUGUAAAGAACUGGGGAUCGUCUCCUUCAUAUUCUGGAUUGUUUCCUUCUUUCUGAAGCAGUUUCAUUUCUCUCCUGGGCUCUCCCCUUCUCUCCUUCACAUCAGAGAUAGAAGUAUCUGGGACACCCUUUCCUUCUGGCUGGCUGGUGAUGUGGACUGGGCCAGCAUUUCUUUUGGCACCUUGGAAUGGAGCUCCCUGUCAGCACCUGGA